CGCGUGCGAAUACAACAUUUCCCCCGGGAAGCAACGCCGUGCAAUUCUUCUAGAAAUUGCAGCAGAAAGUCGAAUGACAUGUCAUUUUCCAGCAUUUUUCCCCAGGUCGGCGGUAGCGUGUCAGCUGCGAGCAUCGCUGGACGUUGGAAACCAGGCGGCGUUCUCCCGUUUCUUCCCGUCCUCCAAGAAUCUCACGAUAAACUGGUUUCAACUCUUCCUUUUCUUCCGUUCUAUUACGCGAACUGUCUUGAGACAAAUAACGAACACGAGGAGCUCCAGCGAGGCAGUUCUGCCUGCCGUUCUGGCGCAUCUGUGCCCGCACAUCAGUUGCAGUCACGACCCGUAUCUUCCUGUCGGCAUAUGCAUAUCAAUAUAUACAGCUGCAUGCGAGUCUUCUAUCUAUUUUUGUGGCGUAUUUAUGUCACAUUAGCACUUGCCGUUUGUUCCCCGAAUCGGCGCAAGUCACGACCGCUCUGCUGAUUCCGGUAGUAGCUGGCUUCUUUCGGGGGGUUUUCGGGAUCUCUCUCAAGCGAUUUUCGCUUCAUUCCCGGGUGUCUGCUCCAGACCUUUACCCAGCUGGCUCAUGUGCACGUUCUCUCACAUUCGGAGAAGUCUGUUUAGCGACUCCAGACGCGCCGAUGCCGGGAGUUUUCUGUUUUCCCUGUAGGUUCAGAACGUAAUCGGCCUACCUAAAAUAGUGUUGGAUGUGGAUGCGCCCAAGGUGAUACAGUAUCGGGGCUCGCGAGUAUCUCUCCGUGACUUGCUGACUGCGUGUACUGUCGUGAUACCAAUGCCCUGCCAAAUGUGGUGUGCCGCAUGUUCCUAGAUCUACGAUCUAAUCAAGAGUUUCUCCUUGCGUCUUAUUUCUCCAGAAAAAGCCAUGGCCUGCCCAGGCUGCCCACUGUGUUUAGGGAGAGGUACGUAUCGCCUCGGACCUCGUGUGAAGCUCCGAGAGAAGCUUCUAACUCAACACGGCCUGGGACCCAGUAGGCCCUCUGUUUUCGCUGCGUCCGACGCGCUUCCUCAGCACAUGCAGGGAGCAGAAGAUCCUCAGACGGCGAAGGAAGAAGCUCAGCUGGCAUGGCUCAGAAGACAUCUGCUCUGCGGGCUGGAGGAGCAAGAGCGACAGACCUAUCGGUGUCCGUUCUGUUUCCCCGCCCCUGUCUCGUCGGAGAGAGAAGCUGGCGAGGAGACGGAGACAGGUCAGCAGGACGCCUCGCGCUUUUCCUCGCAUCCAGUCUUUGUUCCGGUCGACCCUGCGAGAGCUGAAGCGGUGCAGCAGCGGCUGCAUUCGCGUCUCGACGAACUCGGUGUGUUGGUCGUUGAAGAGCUCACCGAAGAAGAAGUCGUUGCGCAGUUCAUCAAGAAAGAGAGGCCUGCAGCGUCUGGUUUGCCUUCCGGGGCCUCAACUGAGAACAACGAGACAUUCUCGGCCUCCACUUCGUCUCCGGACUGCGCGUUGACGUCUCCUUCUCUGUCUGCUGCACAUCCGGAUUCGCGUUCUUCUCCCUUCUCUCCUCUCGCUGUGGUUGCUGCCCCGCCCGUCGACCUCUCUGGCUUGUCUGCCGCGAAUCAGCAGAUCAUUGCACAGCUCGUGCGUCUCGGGUACCCCUUUGAACGGGCUCUCUCCGCAGUGCGGGAAGCGCAUUUGUCUCCGAUUUUGCAUGCGUGCGUGGAGAAGGCCGAGGAGCUGGAGGCGAACGAUCUGAGCAAGCUGCUCCUCGAUUUGGGCUCGGUCGAGGCGCGGGAAGAGCUCGACAUCGCGCGCGCGUCUCGGACGCAGAAGACUCAGGAACGCCUUCAACUCGGCCUCACGCCGUUGUGGGAAGAUGCGCCGGAGUUCAUGCGAAAGUUCGUCGCUGCUUCGCCCCUCUUCCUCUCUCUGCUGACUCACCGCACAGAGACUCGCCUCCUGCUCCACGCUCUGCUCCGCCUCAGAGACUCUGCCGUCAAAGCGUACCCGCUGGCGGCGCCAGCCUAUCUCCGAAACAGCGAUUCGCAACUCUCUCGCCUCCUGCUCUGCUUAGCGCGAGAGGAACCUCCCGUCGUCAACGCCCACCACCGCCGACUUCUCCUUCGCUGCUACAGGCGGACGAAACUUGCCGAACGCCGCGGAGGGAAAACACAGAAAGCCGAGAACAACGAACUCGGGAACACACAAACUGACGCGUCGUGUUCGUUGCCCAAGUCCACGCCUUGUUCUCGUCGUUCUUCUUCACUUUCUUCUGCGUCUUCUUCACCUUCUUGUUCUUCGUCUUCUGCUUCUCCACGGUUUUCUUCUUCACCUUCUUCUGCAUCUUCUUCUUCACCGUCUUCCUCUGCGUCUUCUUCUUCGUCUUCUUUUUCACAGUCGUCUUCUCACCGUUCGUCCUCUUCAAGUCCUCUUUCUUCUUCUACCCCUCUUCCUUUCUCUUGUAUGAGCUCUGGCACUUUUCCUCGUCCAGGUUUGCCGAGGUGUGCCGUAUGCAGCGAGGAGAGCGGCUACCGUCGCUGGCUGAGGCGGCGCGAUUGUUCCGCUUGUUCUCCGUCGCUCGCGUCUUCCCAGGAGGCAGAGGCCUGCGUCGAGGCGAACAGCGGGGUGGGGGUUGAGCUUCUCGAAGAAGCGGAGAGACGUCCGCGCAGAAAGGAAGGCGCUUUUUUCUCUCCCUCUCCAGGAGACGCUUCCACGCUUUCCUGCCCACACGAAGAGACUUUCGUGCGGCAGAAAGAGAAAGAAAAAGGGCGGCAGGGAGCGGCCUCUUCGGUCUGCUGCGGAGACAAAGCCGUAGACACAGCCUGUACUCAAUUCGAAGAAACUCGAGCAACGCUUCAAGCGCGAAGAGCGAAUCCACUUGAAACUCGGGCGUUUACCACCUCUUCUGUCGAAGUCGCUGGGGAAGGAGAGGCGAGAGAUUUCGCGAGAAGCUCCCGACCAGCGCCUGGGCCGAGGCGAACAAGGUUGCCCUGGGAACUGCUGCGCCAGGAGGAGACGGAGACUCGAGGGGGAGGAGAAGAGACACAAGCGACACAUCGAUUGCGUUCAGGAAGAGAUGCGCGAGACGCUGGAGAAGCUGCAGAAAGAUGCGCAAGGGGAGACCUGGGAGAACAGAAGGAAGAAACGAAAGGCGAGGAGAGGCGACCAGGGAGACAUGCGAUAGGGUGGAGAAGGACGCGAAGAGGUGUCGGUGCUUUAGAAGGAGACAGACAAGGAUGGAAGAGCGAAACCGAGACUGAGAGGGAGACUUUGACGGACACAAGACAAACGACAGAGCCGGAAGAGGAGACUACUCAGAAGAGUGGAAAUGGAGAUGAGGCAGGGAGGGAGGUCGAUGAGGAGACGAACGUGAGCUCAGAAAACGAAGGAGAGAAAACGACUCUCACGACGAGGGCGAAAGAAGAAGAAGAAUGCGAUCUGCUGUGCCUCGAGGAACGGUGGAAGCCAUCACCCGACGAAGACGAGGUGAAGGCCGAACUUCUUAACGCGUUCCUGCAAGAGCAGACGGAGGACCUUCAGGAGACACUCUUUUUCUCGAAUAUCGGGUCGGUCGGUGCACCGCCUCGCUUCCUCUCUGCCUGCACAAGGAGCGCUUUGCUUUUAGCGUUUUUUUCUUCCCUUUCUGCUUCUCUCUCUGUCUCGCUCAACCGCGCAGCCGCUGCUCCAGACGAGAGCGAGGAGUGCCUAGACUGGCUGGAUGAAGAAAGAGAACAUCGCCGCGAGGAUGAAAAGGCCUCCGACCCCCGCAUGCACUGCGCGCCUCUUCAGCGCGUGUACCUUCGUCUCCACCUCGCCGUCUGGCCGCCCGCACUUGUUUUUCGCGUCGAAGCGGCAGAUACGUCUGCAUGCGCUGCUGCGGCGUCUGCAGCGACUCUCCUCUGUCCUGACUUCCCGCUGUGUCGUCUCUCAGCUUCCGCGAACUCUGCGGAGUCUGUGGCGACACACGACCAGCGAGGAGGAAGAAUGGACUCGACAGCAUCCCCUUGUUCUGUCGAGCGCAGCCUCGGAACCGGCGAGAAUGCAAAGAAGACGCGAGAAACAACAUCAGCCGAGGCCGUCGCCGACAGAGACGGUACACGGGAAGAGACGCGAGUCGCACAGAGGGGAGGGAAGGCAGUCGGAGUCGAGACACAGAAGCAAGGAAACAGAGAAGAGAAAGGAGAGCGAGAGAAGCAAGAAGACACAGAACUUGAACAAGACAUGGAGAAGAAAGAAGAGAACACCAUGGAUGCGGAGAGAGAAGAUGACGAUUGUUUGAUUGUUGGAGAAGUUAUAGCCCCACCCCGAAGUUCUGUUCCGUUUUCUUCCAAGCUGUCGAGUGACGAGUUCUCCACUGCAUCUCGCGAGCAAGUUCCGUCUUCUCACUGGCGCAACUCAGACCGGACAACGUUCUUUUCUGGUCUCUUCGAAAACUGCGAAGACAGCGUUUCCGCGGGAAACUCAGACGACGAACUCCAGCGCGCACUCGCGGCCUCGCUGUGGACGUACAACCGAGAGCAGUCGAAGCGGAAGCGCCGUGGACUCAUCACGGACUUUUUUCAGCCCAGCAAAAAGCCAAGGGCCUCAAAACUUUGCACUCAGCGGCCCGGCGCUUCGCACGCGGCCGUAAAAAGAGACCAGAAGCAAGGACGUUCCUCAAGUAUCUUCAAGCGCCAUUCCUCCAUUUCGAGGACAGAGUCGCGAGAUGCAGGUACCUUGCGGAACAGACAGUCGAGGCAGACGAGUGCUGAGAAGACGGCGGGGUUCUUCCGAGCAGAGAGGAAAGAGGACAAGCGAGAGUGGACGGAGGGCGGGGAGAAGAAGGAAGAGAGAGAGAAGAAACGCAACGCGUGGGGACUAACACGGGAGAGAGAAGGCGGAAGAAAACAAGUGAACUUUGCCGGAGGUGAUGCUGACAGGCCUUUGGCGAAAACGACGAAGGACGCACCUCCAGGAGGUCCACAGUCAUGCCCCCCGGACAUUUCAGGCCUUUCCUCCUUGGAUACGUCUAAUUGGUCUUCUGCUUCGCUUCUGUGUUAUCACGGCUCUCCCCCCUCGCCUUCUUCUCCUCUUGCUCCUCUUUGCUCUUCGCCUUCUCCUCUCUCUGCUUCUCUUUCUUCUUCUGCUGCGGAGCCUUGCCCUUUGCCAGAAACACAGCUCUUUGCUCCGCAAGGCAUGGACGUCGACAGGCUGUGGACUCGGUGUGGGGCACAGGGCGAAGCCGAGGAGGAAGAGAGAGUGGAGGCGGAAGUUGAGAAGCUUUCUGUGUCGCUCUGCCCCGCUUUUUCCGGAUCCUCGAGAGGAGAGUCGAACGAGAGUUUGCGGGGGAAGGCUUUAGAGUCUCUAGACUCAAGAGCGCGGGGAAUUCGCAGACCUCUCGUUACAGCCGUGGCCGGCAAGUGGAAGCUCAUGAGCUGUCCAUACACGUCAUCGUUUCGUCCAUUUCCCACCUUAGGAAAAAGGACCGUGAGGCCGAGCUCGAGUUCGGCGUCUUCGCAUUCUGUGUCUGCUGAUUUGGGGUCUCCGCUGCGCCCGCGUGUCUCUCCAAUGCAGAGCCUGCAGCGGCAGCGCCUCGCCUUGCUCGUCUCGGAUUUCUCUGCAACGAGCGACAGCGCGAAAGCCACACUGCUCGCAGAAAUGAUGGAGGAGCUGUGGCACGCAGCCUAUGCGGAUCCGCGUCUCGAGGAAGGCGAGCCAGACUUGACAGAACCCCCCGCUGGACAGACGCCUGGAGAGCAGAAGCCCUCCCCGGUGUCUGUACACCCGACAGCGAGCAGCCGACUGCCGUCCUCGCCGCGCGCAGAAGGCGGCGGUGCUGUAGACGGGGAAGCGCAUGCACAGAGGGAGAGAGAGGAAAGCACCUUUGGAGGCGGUCGCGCAGAGGAGAGAAGGGAGAAGGGGAGAAGUCUUUGUUUUUCCGCGACGGCGGGCGCCCCAGAAGUCGAGGCGCGAGCACCCCAGAACAGCGACACUGUGCGGCUGGACUCAGAGGCGUGUGGAGCCGAUGCUUACUUGCUGACGGGCGCCUUCAGAGAGUCGUCAAAGGAGACCAAAGUGACACCUGCAUUUCUGCUGCGGACGGGAAACUGGAUACAAGCUUCGUGCUUCCUGUCGUCGCGCAUGCGUGAAAACAUCCAGCGGAUCUGCAUGAAGAGAAACAAGGGCAGAAAGAGUGACGCUCAUGACAAAGGAGAAGACGAAAAGAACACGGGAGAAAGAGACGACGCGUUGCAGAGCGACGACGACGCCGUGGAGUGUAUCGGCGGCAGCGCACUAUCUGGCUUUCUGCCGCGACGGAUAUCUCCGGAAAACGUUGAAGAAGAUUGACAUUUGUGCAUUUCAAAAGAGUCAUCAAGGCGAAUCAAUCGCGCGAACAGGAUGAGGCGAAAGGGAGCUUCGACGGGAGACAGAGGGCUUCGAGGAAAAGACAGGAAAUACCUGCUGAGAGUGGUUGACAGGAUAGCUGUGAAAUAAGCGGUCAUCUGAGAGUUUCACUACAGAAUGGCGGCAAAUUCGAGACUGACUGCGAGGUUUUCUGCAAGAAAGAAGGCACACAAACGACGGUUGUUUUAUACGAUUUUCCGAGGAGGUGAGGGGAAACAGCUGUGUAGUUGUCUCUGUCAUUACGAUCGACGAACGCAGCUGGCGACACUCAUCACUUCCUCUGCCUCCUCUCUACAGACUGACUUUGUUCUUGCCCCCCCCCUUCAAACAUCAACGAAGUCUGCCCAUGCAUGCGUGUACAUCAUAAAAUAUAUACAUAUACACAUGUAUAUAUAUACACAUGUAUAAAUACAUG